UCACUUCAGUUAAAAAAUGUAAUGAUGAAAUCAGGACUUUAAUCAUUAAAUCUAAAGUAGGACUUUCUAUAAGUUUAAAAUUUUACAAACAUAGGAAAAAAGAUUUCUUAAUAAGUGUUUAAAUCAAUAAAUACAAUAAGGUGAUCGUAUAGUUGACUGAAAUAUUGAAUAUGAAGAUACCUCGAUUGUAUUAUGUUACUUACUAUUUAUAUUUCAUAGCAUUACAACUGUGCAAAAUUAAAGGUUUGCCUAUGGAAUCAAUAUCUUACAUUGAUAAUAGUAGAAUUGAUGGAAGACUAAUAAAUGAUGAAAGGGCAUCAUUCAACUCAACCACUAAAAAUCAUGAAGUUACUAUAUUACCUUUCCGAAACAUAAGUCACCAAAUGCCGCCAACAGCCUUUAGAGGAUUUUCUUCAAGUGAAAAAAAUGCUGAAUAUAUUAAGUUUGCACGUUUACUAUGGGAUAUGGAAACAGCUCAACACAGUGGUCAUUUAUCAAAUUUUGUUGAUAAAGCUAUGAAACUUCUUGAUGUUCAAAGAGUAAUGACAGAAGUAGAAACCUCAGUCAUGUCUAAAGUAUCAUGUUCAGCAUGCAAAGUAGGAGCAGGACUUUUGCAACAUUUUAUACGAGCAAAUAAAUCUGAGACAGAUAUAUUAAACAGUAUCUAUAACUUUUGUGUAUCUCUUAAAAUACAAACUCCAAGGGUUUGUCAUGGAGUCACUCUAUUGAUGGGAAAUGAAGUGAUUGAAGUGCUAAAAAAUAUAAAACUGUCAGCGGCUCAAAUUUGCAGUUUUGUUAUAGGUGAUGCAUGUGAUAAUACUUAUAACCCUUUGCAUGACUGGGAAGUUGUAUUCCCACCAAUUAAAAAACCUGAUAUACAACCACCAAUUCCUCCAAAACAAGGUCUACCAUCUUUUAAGGUUUUGCAGAUUUCUGAUACACAUUUUGAUCCAUAUUAUCUAGAAGGUUCAAAUGCAGAUUGUAAUGAACCACUUUGCUGUCGCUUAACUAACGGAUCACCAAAAACUCCUCAAGCUGCUGCCGGAAAAUGGGGAGAUUAUAGAAAAUGUGACAUGCCAAAACGUACUCUGGAUCAUAUGUUAAAACAUAUUAACGAGACUCACAUG